CUACCCUGCCUCUCGCUCAUGGCCAGCUGGGAUAGGCUCCAGCUUGCCCCCCCCCGCGACUCCACGCGGGAUAAGCGAACACUCCUGAAAUCAUUGUAGUGUUAAGAUAUGGAAGCUCCUGAGCCUGUUGAGCUACAGAUCAUAAAGAUACAAUAUGAGAAAGCAUUGGAAUGCCUCAAUGCAGGAAUUCUGGAGGAUAGUAUGGGAAAUAAAGACAGAGCGAUUGCCCUGUACAGGCUGGGAAGAUGUCAUCUGCUUCAGGGCCUGGAAAUGGCCUCUGAGCAGAAUUCUCAGACACAGCAGGUUCCAGUGAAGAUGAAUGAAAUACUGAGGAGCAUCUGCACUCGGCUGUCUGCGCUGGAGUCCACUUCAGCCACAGGACCCUCCAGUAGCCAGAAUUGCUGCCCUGUCCUUAUGCCAUCAAUGGGAACAGCCAGCAUCCAUACUGACAGAAUGCUUGCUUCAGUGCCUUUAGGUGGGGCUCCCUGUCUUCCACUCUCACCUGCCAUGGCCUCUGAUGUGCCCUGGGAUCUGCCACCAGCCUACACCCCACAACCCACAGAUGAGAAUAUUCUGCAAAAUAGAGACAAAAGGAUCACCUGUCCUUCACUACCAAUACCAGAGCUGGUUUCCCACCAUCAAGAUGUUCUCUUUUGCUUGCCCCAUGGGGUGCAGAUAUUCUUUGUUACACCGGACGGGCAAGUCAGUGCUCCAUCAUAUCCAGGAUACCUGCGCAUCACCCUGAACAGCAAUCAACAUUAUGAUAGUGAUGAUACCAAUGACACCAGACAUCCUCUAGCUUACCUGCAGGUGUGUGAUUGGAACUACCCCCUGUUUCCGGACCUGCCAGUUCUGCUUAGCAACAGCGGUGUGUUCACAUUCCCUGAUACCAUGGCAGCAGUGCCUGGGUCCUGUGUUGGGAUUCUGUUGUCCUCAGAGCUGCCUGAAGUGGACAGAGCUCUUUUUCAAGAGCACCUUUCCUCAUUUACGCAGCUCAGAGUUCAGUCUGCAGAUGAUGAUGGAGAAGGUGAAGCAACAGGCAGAGACAUGAACCUGAAUACAAAGACUCUCAUCAAUCCUGCAGAUGACACAGCAUUGGGAAAAGAGGAGAAGAUUUUACCUGGAUGGAGUGAGAAGAUGUCACAGAGCAUCACAGCAGGGGCUUCAUGGCUCAGUCGGGGCCUUGUGCAGGGAGCAGAGGCCACGGGUAAAGCUAUCCACAAUGGUGCAGUGAAGCUACGUGAACACCUCACACCAGAGGAGACGCCAGUUGAGGUUAGCCCAAGAGUCACCACAGGCCUGCGUGUAGCUCAGCAGGCUACCGGGGGAGCUGUUAAAGUCAGCAAGUUUUUGGUUGAUGGCCUUUCAACUGUGGUUGGACUUGUUGGGAAGGAAAUAGCACCACAUAUUAAGAAGCAUAGCAGUAAACUGAUCCCAGAAUCCUUAAAAAGUAAUAAAGACGCCUGCACCAACAUGACCGGAGCCAAAGUGGUGGCUGCUAGUAGCUUAAAAGGUCUCUCAACCAUAUGGUCAAGUCUGGAGACAGCAGCAAAGACAAUUGGUAAAAGUGCAAGCUCUGAGACAGUCCAGACUGUCAAACACAAAAAAACAUCAUGGCUGAUGGUUCAAAAUACUGAAGACUGCAGGUUGAGGUCACGUGACGUCGAAAACCAAUCAAAUCGCCCCUUUCACUUUAGAUAAAGACUUGUGGAAGAAACAUGCCUGUGGAGGGGAAUCCUGCAAAGCCUGUGUUUGUGAUUGUUAGGAUAUUCAGCGAACAGAAGUGUAAAAUCUUUGACAGGUGUGUCGAAAUUCAAGAGGGGGAAAACUUUGCACAGUUGUACUCAAGAUGCCAUGAGCUUGUUACCCUGCGAUGUGCCAACUUAGACAACAACUCUGUGGAGGUGGGUUUGAUUUAUACAUUUCAUUGAUUGAUGUGAGGGGCAAACAAAAAAAUCAUUCGAAGUAUUUAGCCAUUAGAAGUAGCCUACUCCUGGUCAAAUCUUUUUUUCUGUGCAUUGUAGAUGUUCAGUUGACUGUAAUUCAAUCGUUUAUUUAGCCUAUCUGUUUACUGGUUUGCCUGAUAAAAGACGUGCAGAGAGAUGGCAUUCUGACUUGUCAGGCACAGUUGUUUGAGUUCCUCUUGGAGGCUUGUUGACACAAAUAAAAGGAAAAAAUGAAGACUGUUUCAGACUUUUAUUUUCAAUUAUCCUUAAUGCAUAUGGGUGGAAAUAAGCUAUUAAAAGAGCCAUAUGAAAUGUGUAACAAUAAUGUAUUGUCUGUUUUUUGUUUCUCUGUUAUGAAAGCCCUCUAUUUCCACCGCUAAUUUUACCAUCAGAGCAUUUUUUUUAAAUUAAUUUUUAUUUCGCUCACUCGCUUAAUAUUUUUCCUGAAAAAAUCCGAGAACCAACUAAUUAAAUUGGUGUGGCCUUAUAGAAAGUAUCAGGUGAUUCUUAGUGCCAGUUUCUCAUAAAGCACUUUUGAUCUCUUUUCACCCACUUCUCUUUUCUCUAAAAUAUUAAAUUUUUUAAACAUUUUCUGUUGUGCUGUUGGGGAAAUGGUUUUAUUCUUCCUGUCUCU